AUGAAAAGUAAUGCAGUUCAUGAGGAAACGGCGUUGUUGAUUGACGCCGGCAGUCCCAAAUAUGUUAUCAAAGUGAACAGCAGAUUUGGAAAAAUUAGUCUCUUGAGCUCACUCUACAUCGGCGUGUUUUUGGCUGCUCUGGAUGGAACUGUCGUUGCAUCUCUUCUUUCCCACAUAGCAUCCGAAUUGGGGAACCUUUCAUUUGCACCGUGGAUUGCAAGCGCUUAUAUGAUGGUGAGCUCCGCUUUCCAACCACUCUUUGGCAAAUUAAGCGACAUUUUUGGCAGAAAACGUUGUCUUCUCGCAUGCCAUUUUCUAUUUGCACUGGGGAGCCUUAUUUCUGGUUACUCCGGCAAGAUAAGUCUACUGAUUGCUGGUAGAUGUAUACAGGGAAUUGGCGGUGGUGGUCUUACCGCACUGUGUAGUAUUGUCGUCAGUGAUAUUAUUCCUCUGCGAGAUCGCGGACUGUACCAGGGAAUUGGUAACAUUUUUUUCGGGAUAGGAGCAUCCUUGGGCGGGACCCUCGGUGGCAUCAUCAGUGAGAAAUUUGGCUGGAGAUAUGCGUUUUUGGGUCAGGUAGCAAUUUCUUUUGCGGCUGUUCUCCUCGUAUUUUUGAAUCUCAACGAGUCAAAUUCAGGAAGAGAACUGCGACUCUGGCGUGAGCUGCAAAACGUUGAUUUUUUAGGCAGUUUCCUCCUGUUAAGCUCCUUUAUGUGUUUUUUCUUGGCACUAAAUUUAGGCGGGGCAUACUUUUCCUGGAGAAGUUCUCAGAUAGGACUUCUGUUAACCUUAUUCUUGGUUCUUUUUACUGGCUUCUUCAGAGCAGAGCAGAAUUGUCCUGAAAAAGCAGUUAUCCCAACCCGGAUUUUUCGAGGGGCUACAGAGUGUCGUUGUUUUGUCCUGUGUUUCCUAUCUUCCAUGGCGGCCUUCUCAUACAUUUUCCACCUUCCAAUUUUUAUAGAGGUUGUUCAGGGUAGAAGUGUUUCGUUUUCGGGCUUCAUACUCGCUGUAAACUUUAUGGGCGUCAUGAUAGGGUCUCUCGGAUCAGGGCUCAUAGUCAAAGCUACCUGCAGGUACAAGUUGCUCCUGCUCGCUUGUGGAAUACUUUACAUUUUGAGCUGUGGCAGCCUUUACGCCUUCGGUUUAAACACAAGUACCGCAUUACAGACAGCUACCGUCUGUUUUCUUGGCUUUGGCUAUUCGGGAGUGGUGACUAUUUCUUUGGUUGCAUUGAUGGCAGCUGUGCCGUCGGAUCUCCUAGCGAUUGGCAAUUCUGUGCUGUAUGCCUCUCGCGGGUUCGGAUCAACCGUGGGCGUGGCAGUGUCAUCCUCGAUAUUCGCGAACUCACUGCGGCGCUACCUUGACCGAAAUGUUGUGGGUCCAGAUAGAGAAAGAGUGAUUGAGUUGGUUUUGGCUUCUUCAGAUGUGACGAGAGAUCUUCCAUAUCCAUACAAAGCAAUGGUGAUCCAGAGCUACAUUUCAUCUUUGAGAAAUGUUUUUGCUUGCAUAUUAUGCUUAUCGGCCCUCAUCUGGUUGGUGUCGUUGUCGCUAAAACAGUACCUAUUGGAGCCCGAAAUCAAGGAGCUAGAAGAGGCAUAA